GAUGUCCUGCGGCUAUAGUAAUGAGGGAAGUCAUUCAUUUCGACCAGUACAAGGUUCCACAGGAUACAAGGUACUGGCGUGAAGGUAUGUCAACAAAACUGAGAAAUGACCUUCAUUCAUCCUGCUAUGAGCAGGUUGAACAACGCAAAGUCAUAUAUAUAGAUCUCCCAAAGGAACACAAAAAUCACAUCCUGGGAAUGGCUGCUGAUUUAAAAUCCCCAAUUGAUGAAAGAGUUCUGAAGAAAAUUUGUAAGCUUGUAGAUGAAGGGGUCUAUAAUCCAAAAGAAAUGCAUCGACACCUUAAGAUCUACAUAAAAGAUCUCUUCAAAGACCGAGAGUUGCCCAGAGUCACAAAUCGGCGAUUUUAUCCAAGCAAAGAUGACCUCAGAAAAAUUAUAUAUCGGCAGAGGCGCAAAACAUUGCACAGCCUGAUUGACCAGGAAGACCUGGAAGAGAAAAUACGUGUGUGGCAAGAGGAGCGUCCAGAUGACAUAUGA